CUUUUAACUUAGCUGCCAACAUGUCUUACCAAAUCGGAACGUUGCUCUUCCUGCUGUUGCUGCUGUUGUCGUUGUCCUCCUCGCAGGCCUCACACCAGCGUCGCGUCUUUCAGUCGGUGCCCGCGUCCAAGUUCAAUUCCAAUUCGCGUAUUGUUGGUGGUGGCUUGGCUGCCUUGGGCUCAGCACCCUACCAGGUGUCCAUACAGAAUUCCAUGGGCAAUCACAUGUGUGGUGGCGCCAUUAUACACGAUCAGUACAUCCUGACCGCCGCCAGCUGCCUGGCGGGCAUGCGCAAAAGCAAUGUUAAGGUGGUCAUGAGCACCAAUGACUGGGCGGGUCCAGCCUGGGAGUACUACGUGGAGGAGAUAAUUCUGCACUGUAAGUUCGAUCAGCCGCUGUAUCAUAAUGAUAUUGCACUGAUCAAAAUGCAAACUCUGGUGGCCUACGAUGAGGUCACGCAGAACAUAACAAUCGCAGCGCUCGACGAUCUGGUGGCGGGAGACAAGCUCAAGAUGACAGGCUGGGGCAGCACAUCGGAGAGCGGUGAAUAUGAAUUUGAUCUAAGGGAGCUGGAGGUGACCUAUGUGCCAACGGCCAACUGUAAUUCAACCUAUGGCCACACCAGCGAUCUGGACAUUGGACAUCUGUGCGCAGUGGGGCAGGUGGGCGCCGGCGCCUGUCAUGGCGAUCACGGCGGGCCGCUGGUCGAUAGCCAAGAUCGCCUGGUGGGCAUUGGCAAUUGGGGCGUGCCCUGUGGUCGAGGCUUUCCAGAUGUAUUUGCGCGCGUCAGUUUCUACUACGACUGGAUUCAGUCCACAAUCAAUGGCUGCGGCAUAACCAAAUAGUCGCUCUGGCCUCUAAUCUUUGCCAGACGUCUGGACGAUGGUAAUCAGCAUGAACUACAAGGUAUACUUUGUACCCACGAAUAUUUAUGCAUUGCCAAAAUUCACUCCCUUUAAUAAUAUACGUUUAAAAAUCGA